CUAAAUGUGACGAUUCCCUUCAAAGUGGACUGAAGACUCAACAAAAUUACUUCAUUCUCAAGAUUUCUAAAAUUAAGGGCUAGCAGUCAUGAAACUUUCAAUUACUUCAUCCCCAAACUACCCUGCGUAUCCUGCUCAAUGCAAAGAAGCAGAGAGCAGUUCAGAAUCUCUCGAAGACCUAGAUUUCAAGGCCAUCUCUUCAGAAGAGAAGCAUCAACAUCCAUAUCUCCCAUAUACAUCUCAAAGACAAAGGAUCAGCACCAGCAAAAUUUCCCUAAACUCAAUUCGUCAAAAGUUGCGAUCUCUUCGGGUUGACCUAGCCCUCCAGAUCGGCCGAUGGUGGAUACCAGGUAGAUCGAGCAAAAUACUGAUCAUGAGCUUUGAUGAAGGUUUACUCAUGCUCCAGAUCAAAAGAGCGGUAUCCAAAAAACCAUUUUCAACCGACGAGAGGCUGCAGCACCGGUCACAUGUACGGGAAGGACUUAUCAACUUGAUGAUAAGUUUGUUAUCAGAUCAAGUAAACGAGACGCCAUACAGCCACCGCCAAUCCGAGCACCUCGGCCUCACUGAGGAUGUCAAGAUCCAGAUGAAACAUCUUAUACAAGAACUAGAGCUUGCCCUUGAGUCUCGAGAAAUCACUGGUUCCAUAGUAUCCAAAUCCGAGGCCCUGCACGAGACGCUCUAUCAAUUAUGGAACCAUUCAUCUCAUUUCUGGCCCCCACGAUACGACCUCCUCAAUUCCAUCGCACGCAUUGCCGCCCCCGAUUACAUCCCCAGCGACAGGGACAUCAUCACAACGACAAGAUACGUCAGCAGAACUCAACUCAUCCCCCUAACCAUCGGCCCAUUCAGGAUAGCCCUCUGUGAAAUGAACAAAUACCUGUCAAAACACAAACGUGUGGAACUGUGUGAUGACCUAUCCGCCAUGUUCUAUCAAUUUGACCUUGGCUCAUACACCAAACAGUCCUGGACUCUGCUCACCGAGAUCCUCCUUGUUUUCCGUGUGCUGAUGGAGUCCACUGCCCUGAAGCGCUGCUCAGUCUGUAUUCUGCUGCUUUCCGGUUAUACGGAGUUUCGGAGACGGGUUCUUGAUGAUGGCGGCGGGCAGAAGAAAGGGAAUUGCAGGCACGGCGACAGGGGGGUGCUGGAGUGUGUUAAAAAGAAAUUUGCUGAUCUCGCGCAGGGAAAGAAGCAUUUACAUACUGUUGUAAUGGAUGAUGUGGUGGAUGUAGCAGCGGUGCGGUCGACGCUGCAGUCUAUACCAUGGAUUAUGCUACGGUAUAAGCUGCGUAGGGGGAUGAAAACGUUACGUUUAUAGAUAAUGAGCUUCUGGCUAGACAAGAGGCGUGCGUGCUGUCUUUGUAUGAAGGUAUGAAGUUAUGAAUAAAGAAAUACUUUUUUCGCAUGUACUUAGCAGUAGUCACUAUGUGUCGCUAUAUCAAGCUGG